UUCAUUUUUUUCCUUUUAACAGUACUAACAAGACAAUAGAACGUUAUCAGAAGAAUGACAAGAAUUUGAGACAUGACAAAAUAUUACUUGAACAGACUACCGAGCAUUUGAAAGAGGACGUUGCUACUAUGAGUAGGAAGCUGGAGCUUCUAGAAAACUCUAAAAGAAGAAUUUUAGGAGAAGAUUUAGAUUCUUGCUCCAUUGAUGAACUUGAAAAGGUAGAAGAACAGUUAGACCGAAGUUUAAGAAACAUUAGGGCAAGAAAGAACCAACUAUUGAGGGAACAUAUUGCUCUUCUAAAGGACGAGGAAAAAGUCCUAAUGGAGGAAAAUGCAGAAUUGCGGAAAGAGAAUGAGGUCCGACCGCUGCCUUUAUUUACUGAUCGACAACAAGAAGAACAUCUUCAGAGAGAGACAGUGGAUGUAGAGACACAGCUAUUUAUUGGACCUCCUGAAAGACUAAGUUCCCACUAAUUUAAUUAUUACUUCUCUGAUAAGAAAAUUCCAUAACUUCGAGCAUUUGCAACUGUAAUUUUAUUGAGUUGAUGAAUAAAAGCAAAAUGGAAAAAGUAGAAGAAAAAAAAGAACCAAAUUGGCAUA